CGCGGCGCCAAAACAGAGUUCUGGUCAUCUAAAAUGAUGUUCAAAGCGACGAUAUGAAGAAACGGCGAUGGAAACGUAAUCAAAAUUGAGCCAGAAAGCUACUUAGCUUCCCCAUCUUCAGUUCUGGAGAUCGACAAGAGCUUUCUUUAGCUCUAGAUGAUGUCUGUGGACUCAGUUGCAAGACGAAUUUCGCGCGGUGGUGGGAUUGUCGUUCGACCUCAAGCAAUAAGGUUUUUAACCAUUUGACGGAAUGUUUUGGGUUUGCUUGAUGUUAUAAAUCUCGUUUAAUGCUAAGAUGAUGUUGAUCUCAUUUUUUUUCAGCGACAAGUCCUACGUGGAAAGCGUGGUAAACUUCCUACAAGACGUCGUACCCCAGGCAAGUGAAGCUCUUUGUUCGAAAUAAAAAAAUUUGUAUUUCUAUAACGUCAUCUAAUGUUAGUUGGCGAUUUGCUUCUUUUUUUUUCGUAUUGUGCUGUUUUAAAUCCAGUUGAGGGGUAUUUUAGGUUUAUCGAUCCUUUUUUCUCGAGAAAUUUUAUAAACAACUAGGAAAACCACUUCAGUAGCGCUCGGGAUCGAUCGAACCGAAAACUCAACCGAAAUGUACGUGACUUUCCAUCGUUAAUGGGCCUACAAUAGGUGUGGUGGUUUUACUUCUCUUUUUUCAUUUCCUUUAAAAUUGUCAAAGGUUACAAUAAAUCCUGUAAAAGAUAAACAUAUCGUCCUUGAAGUCAUCUUGAUUUGAUCGUGAUUGACAAAGUAUAAGUUCAAUUAAAACGAAUACAUGCAAUACAGUGAAAUAGGAUGUUGAACUCUACCAGAAUUCACUUCUCAAAAUUAAGUAAAAUAUGAGAAUAUAUUUUGUAAACAUGGUGUGAUUAAUUUUCUUUGUGAUUCUUUUCGAUGAAACCAUUAUUUGAAGCCUAAGGUUGUGAUCAUAGAAAAUAGUUUUAAUCAUGGGAGAUAUAAGUACUGGUAACAAGUUCCUUGUGACCAGACUUCAGCUCCAUAUUCCUUGUUGUAAUAAAAUUAUAUUUUCAUUCAUGAAUAUACAACGUAACAGACAUGUACAUAAUUUUCUACAGUCACACAAUUGACCAGUGUCUGUAAACAUUUUCUAAAUGUUCUCUUUGAAUUCUUAACCUAUCCAAUUUUUAAGUCAACAUUUCAACUGUGUUGUCAAAGUGUAAUUGGUCAAAGUGGUAUGAAUUAUCAUACACUGUGGGGAAUAAAUACUCAUAAGAUUUUAAUCUUGAUAAGUCACAUGGAUUUUUCCCCAUGGUCUAUUCAGGGAUAAUUAUGAGAAACCAGAGUUAGUAGAGGGUAAAUGGAGGAAUCUAUGCUUCAAACAGCAGUUUAAUUUUUCUGAUUAUGUUACAUUAUGUUACCUAGUUAUUACAAACUAUGAAAAUGUUUCUAAGUUAUAUUUUGUGGGUGGUUGUUGUUAUGAGUUGUGGUGGGCAAGUGUUUUGCAUUUUUAUUCGACUGAAAUUUCUGCAGGGAAAUAAUUUGCAAUUGUCUGUUAAAGCAGCAGGACAUGGAAAAGGAAUAAAAAAUGAUAUUUUCCAUUUUAUUACUUGUUCGUAAUACAGUAUGAAGGUACAUGGUCAAUUUUCCAGGAUUUUUAAAUGUUUAUUUUUAGUGGGUUAGCGUAUGAAGUGGGAGUGUGGAGUUUUAUAUGGGACUCAAGGCAGUACAUUUUUAUAGAGCAGUUUAUUUUCUUUCUCUUUUUAUUUGACAUUUUCUUUUGUAUCAUGAUUGACAAAGAAAACCUGCAAGGUCAGCAAAAAAAAUCCUUGAAAUAUUUUAUGCUUGUUUGAGUAUCUGUCAGUUUGCCUCCAACAGGAAAAAACCAGUGACCUUUGAAAUUUCAAGAGUUAUAAAGGUCAUUCCUUUAAAACUCAUAUUUACUUAAACUGGAAAUAAUCAACAAAAAAAUCACCUGUGGAUAAACAAUUGUCAUAUGAUUUACUUGUGACAUUCAAUAUGAACUCAUGGGAAUUAGCCUAUUAAGGAUUUUGUCAAUUGAUCUCUUUAAUUUGGCAGUACAAGUCAUGCAUUCUAUAGGCACUUUAGCAUGAAAUAGAAUUUCAAUAAGGAACUACAUAAAAAUUGUUGCUGAGUAGACAAUUACACUGUUAAUAUUUGUAGGUCAGAGGGGUUGGUUGGGGAAGAGCUUUUCAAAGAUUGUAUUUUUUGUUGUAGGAACAAGAUUGUGAUCAUCUUGUCAUUGAUUUUUGAAAGACUUCAUUAUUAAAACAGCUGUGUUACUCUCUGUUUAUUGUGACAGUGCAAACAUCGUUUGUUAUAACUUUUUUGUGAAUCUGAAAUUAAUAAGGAAAAGCUCUAGCAGGUGGUGAAUGAAGCUGGCAGUAGCUUUGUUUUUUAAAUCUGUUAACCAAUGCAACAGGCUUCAUCAAAAGUAACUCUUUAUAGAUUUACAAGAAGGGGUUAAGGUAAAGGACAAAAAAAAGGAUCUUAGAUAAACAGACUGUCCAUGUGGUAAUUAUAUUUUUACCAUUUUAACCCUUAGGCUGUCACAGGAGUUAAACAGGAAGAGAAAGAGAGGGUGUUAUGGGUUAAGUUUGAGGAAGCAGACAUCAAUGGUGAGAGACAAAAGAGUUUUGUUGAAAUUUAUUUUAAAAGGGUAACAGCUUUGCAAAUAAACUGUGCUUAGGUAUUUCAUUAUCUCAGGUUAGUGUCUCUUUGUUUUAUAUCUAGGCUUUCCUUACAUCCCAUGCUGCCAGCCCAGCUAGUCAAUAUUUUUGUGUGUGAUGAGUUAAAUUUGUUGAUUUAUUGUAGUGACUGGCUUUGCUAUCUUAAUGAGGGAUAGAAGAUGUCAUUUUGUUAAACCAAUUAAUUUAUAACUUUUGAAUUAUUUGAACUCAGAGUUCUGGCUUCAAAUAAUUUUUAGCUAAUAUUUGUUAUGGGGCUGUUUUGUAUCUCACAGAUAAUACAGUUAACCAGGAAGAGAUUUCAUCAGGAGUGGGUGUACCAUUACUGUUGAUUCUUGGUUACACUAAUGGCUUUCAUGUCUGGACCAUCCCAGUAAGUAUAGUCUGUGAGGAUUGAUAGGUCCAGUGACACAUCUGCAGAGGCAAUUUUUCCUAAUCAAGGAAAUUAAUUAUGUGGCUUAGGUGUCAUUUCUCGGUUUUUUGUUUUUAACAUGAUUUGUGAUAAUUGUACACUGUAAUGGCUUACUUCAUGUUGUAUUUUUUGCAGUCAACUGGUGAAGCACAGGAGGUGUUAUCUCUUCGUCAAGGGCCAGUAAGACUUGUGCGCAUGCUCAAGACACCACUGGAAGGUAUUAAUUACAUUACAAGCUUUCCAGUACUACUGGUUGGCGUUAGGUCACUCUCUUGGAAGGCAACUACAUAGUGUAGAGAUCUAUGUACAUCUUAGAAAUAAAAUAUUCCUUUCUCAGCCUUCUUUAUCAGAUUGUUGAUUUGGAAGUCAUUCUGAACUGAAAAAUAUUUUUAAAAUACCUCUCAUCCCAAUGGAAACAUUCUGAGGAACUAAAAUUCUCCCAAGUUCUGAAAAAGAGGAGUUUUGAAAUCAGUUCUUACUACAUGUCAGAUACUCAUUGAUUUUGAUGGACAUUCACCCUUGGCUGUACAUUGUAUUGUUCGUAUGCAUUUAUCAAUUGAGCAUGAACUUUUAUGGUAGUCAACCAGCAAGUGGCAAAUACUCUCCCCCUCAAAUUCUACCCCAACAGUGUCACAUGUUUUCAACACUGAUACUGUUUUGGUAACAUUUCACUUCCAGCAACAAAAUCAAAGGAUGAGUUUGCAGAUGUCAGACCUCUUUUUGCUGUAUGUGAUGCUGCAAGGUAAAUAAGGUUUAUAUUUGCAAUGCAAGUUAAUGAAAGAUGGAUGUAAUGUUUCUUUAUAAUUUGCUUUUCACCACUGAGACUGAUUAACUGAAAGGUUACUGAGACAUGUAACUGAAAGUAUUUCUUUAAACUUUUCAAAUGUUAUAGAAACCGAGAUCUAGAAUUGUCAGUCAUAUGUUAAGGGUCUUCCAGAUUGUGAAAUAUGCUUUGCAAGUCUGUGUAAUUGAAUGAAAUGUAACUCUGUUUCUGCAGCCCCUCCCUGCCAUUCUCCACCGUUAAUUUAUGGUCCCUCAGCAGUGGUGAGCAGGUCCACUCUAUUGGCUUCAAGUCUGAGGUGUAUGAUGUACUUUGCAAUAGAAGGUACCUGAUAGAUAAUUUAUCUUACUCUCUUAAAGAAGUACAUGCACUUUAGACAAAGACAUGUCGUGGUGGUGAGACCUUUCAUGAAUCAUCAUAGAAUUAAGAAUUGUAUGAAACUUUUUUUUCUUCUUAGGUUAAUGGUUGUUGCUCUUCAGGAAAAGAUUGCAGCCUUUGAUGCAUGUACCUUCAAAAACUGUUUCUGUAUAACAAGUAAGUAUUCUCUUUUGAAUAUCUAAUUAAAGGUAAGCUGGUUUUCACAAUGUGCUAGUCUGUGUAACAACAACCCAGUACGUUAUAGCCAGAUAUUCAUUUUUCUAAUAGAUGUAUUCUCUCACCACCAAAAUCUUUCAUUCAGGGUGUUUGACUUGAUCUAAUAUGUACUAUGUAGUUUUUAAGUGAUACUUUAACCCUUUAACUCCCAUGAGUGACCAAGACAGAACUUCUCUUUACAAUAUCAACACAAUAUCAACCAGAUAAGUGAUGAGAAUAAAGAAAAAUAUCAAUUUGGGGAUAAUUAGUUGAUCCAGUAUGAAAUUCUCUGAACUAACAUAAUAAGAGUGGUAUAGUUGACAGUAAGGAGAAGUACAAAUUUGACAGUUUUGGAAACCUGGGAAUUUUUCAAUAAAGUAUAUGACAAAUCACAUGUAUGCUUAGAUUUUAAGUUCACUGUGUUCACCCUGAACCCAGUAUUUGUGAUAUGAAAAUAUGUUUAAAAAGCACAUCUAACCUCAAUUUUAGGUUGCUACCCAGCCCCAAGCCCUAACCUCAACCCAUUGGCACUGAGUACCAGAUGGCUGGCAUAUGCAGAUCGCAAGGUACCUUAAAGUGUUGGGUCUUCAAUUAAAUAUUUUCACAACCUUUUUUUUGGACUAAGGAAUAACACUGAGUGUUGUGUUUGUAUUGUCAGUUGGUACCUAAUCAUCAGUCCUGUGGGGGAGUGUGUGGGGAUAAUUCCCAGUCAUAUACAGCCACAGUUAUUAGUGCUGCCAAGGUUUGUAUGAUAGGAUAGAAUAUUUACAAAAAGUUCAUGAUCUGUAAAACUCCUGUGAUUACAAAGAUUGCACAUCUGACAAGUUCUUUCAAGAAUGUUAAUCAUGAGAUGAUUUUGAGAUCUCAACAUGUUUCUGAACACCCAUUAAUAAACAUUUAAUAAAUAACUGACAAACUUGCAGUAGUCAGAUCCUAACUUGAAUUUGUCAGUAAAACUUAACUAGAGCGCUUGUUUUCUGGUGGGUCUAGUGGAAACUCAGAAAAUCAGAGUAACAGAAAUAUGAUCAAAGUUUUCCUUACAUUUUACAUUCAAUAAACCUGAUAAUAGAUCUUUAUUGACUCAUUAUUAUUUCCAUUUUCAGACAAUCACUAGAGGUCUGACAAUUUUAGGUAUGCGACUAUUUAGUUUUGAGCUUUAAAUAUUUUUACUAUAGCCAUUUUUUUAGUGAAGAAUGUAGUGAAAUUGUUGCUGAUAUCAGCUGUUUUCCAUUAUAUUUUAGGACGAUGGACAGGGACAGAAAUUUCAAACGACUAUUUAAACCAAGUGAGUCGCAAUGAAUUAUUUUGAAUUUUUACCCUCUGGGAGAUUGGGCACAAAAAGCAAAACAUUGGGUUGUAAGGAUCAGCUUCAGGACUAGAUUAAGGGAGUAUUUAAAUGCUUGAUAUAGGAUUGGAAUAAAAGUAAUUGAUGUUGUGUUAAUCUUAAACCAAUAGAAGUUCAUUUUUUCUUUUGUUACAAAGUAAAAUUAAUGUAGGUUUUAGAUGUCGAUUAAACAUGCACUUUCCUAUAGGAAAUACUAUGAAGUGGAUCAAAUGGAUGAUGGACAUAAUUUUCAAAUAAUAAACCCUUACUUUCUUUUAAGGUUGAAAGGAAUGAUCAUACCCCUAUAGGGUAUAUAAAACUCUUUAGGGAGGGCUGAAAACUAUUUUGGUUUUCACUAUUUUGUUUUGCUUUGUUCCUAGAACUCCACAAUCACACCAGGAGUUGUAACCAUUAUAGACACACAAAAAAUUGGAAAUGGAGAGGUACAGUUGUCAACACUAAUUUUCUUUCAAGAUCAGCUAGCCAAUUUGUACCAUUCAUUUUUCUUUUGAAGUGAGAUUUAGUUACUGGUUUCACUAAAGACAUAUUUCUUAAAACAUUAGUUAGAAUAUAAUUACUUAGAGCAAGGCUAAACAAGGCUAUAUUGUCUCAGAAGAUUGUAUGAACUGAUAGUCAGGAAAGACAGUACAGAGGUGUUAGGCAGCUUUCUUGUAAAUUAUUCCUAACUGAAAAAUACGAUUUUUUUCUUUAUGUAUUUGUGCAUUUUUGAUGGCAGUUCUGUGUACAAGAGGAUGACCAUGAAGGCACUGGCAUAGUGGCCCAUUUUCUUGCCCAUGCAGGACAGCCCCUAUCUUGCAUGUCCUUUGACCCCAGGUGUGAUAUUUCAUGUGAAAAAACCCUCAUAAUUUUGAUAUUUAAUGAGAUUUAAUAUUUCCAAAAUUCUGUAUUUUCAUAUUUUGUCGGUAUAUCCUAUGUAAAUAACCAAUAUUUUACAGUGGUUAAAACAGGUUAUCUGUGUUCUAUGUGUAAAAUCGAAAUUGAAACUUUUCAAUUUGUGGAACUGACUAAGGUAACACAUGUCUAUGUGAACAAAUGUCAAGUACAUAACUGUGAUUGAAAUACAUACACCUAUGGUUGACAUUGACUUUAAAUUUCAAUAUUGUGACAGUGAUUAGAAAAACAGCAGUAUGGUAACAAUAUGUUUAGUUUGUAUUUUUCUUGAACAUCGUGUGCAUAUAUGUUCGUGACUUAUUUGCGUACAAUUCUUUUCCAAAAUAAAAAACUCUGAAGAUAACCUUGUUCAAUAUCUCUCUUAUUUCUCCAAUGAUUUUGUUUUGCUUUGUUUUUGUGAAAUAUUCCUUAGGUUUAACUUACCCUUCAUUUUGUUUCCUACUCUUUAGCGGUUCACUGUUGUUGACUGCAGACGUUCUGGGAAACAAUUUCCACGUGUAUCAUAUUCUACCGCAUCCCAUUUGUCCUUCGUUAGGCGCUGUUCAUCAUUUGUACACUCUGCACAGAGGCGACACCACUGCAACAGUAAGUCCAGGCAGUACACUGUGUAGAAUACAAGUAGCAGUCUUUCUGGUGACUUGGUAAAGUUUCCGCACAGCCCCAUACUAUUGUAAAACAAAUCUGUUUUCCCAACGGAAAUGUAUUGUUUUUGUCAUUGUUUCCUCUGUUCAAGAACUGAAUGCAUAAUGUAGGAUGGGGCUGUGCGGAAAUUUUACCGGUGACUUUUUACCUUCCUGCCGCACUGUUGUUGUUUUUUUUCCCGCUUCGUUAAGUUCUUAAAAAGUACUUCUCGAAGCGUGUGAUAACGACAUCCGGGAAAUUUCAUUUUGUCGCAGUCAUGGAUUGAAAAGGGGGGGGCGCUUUGACGGCUAAUGUUUUUCCAAUUUUGACGGUUGACGGAUGUUUGAAAGAACCUCGUGGUGUGGUAAACAAAUUAUCAUUGAAGUAUGGUGCGUAGUAUUUUCAAACUGUCAAUUUAGGCGAAAGUUAGUGGAAACUAAAGUAACUAUAAAGGGAAUAUACUUGGAAGGCUGGUUUGAUAGUGUAAAGAGUGUUCGAGAUAUUGAGGUCUUUCAGGAAUCGUUAAAGUUGCCAAAAUUAGAGUCAACCUGAGUUUUGUUCUCAUCUCAUUCCCAGGUGCACGGAAUGGCAUUUUCCUUCGACAGUCGAUGGGUUGCUGUAUCAACUGUCCGUGGAACUGUGCAUGUUUUUCCAAUUACUUCGUACGGAGGUAAGCUUUACUAAAUAGAACAAUUGUUUCCAAGAAACCUCUAGGUUCCUCUAGUUCUUAACUGUAAACUAUCUUGAAGUGAUUCAAAUUGCAUGUUAUAAUUUCUCAACACAACUCUUCUUUCUUAUAUUCUCGUAGGUCCCAUAACAGUCCGCACCCAUUCUUCGCGUCGUGUUGUAAACCGCAGCAGUCGGUUCCACACCAGCGCUGGAUUGGAUGACCUUGACCAGGCGACCACAGGCUCAGGUAGACACAGUCCAUGCAACGGCACAGUGCCCAACCUUUCUUGUUCACCCAACGGAAGCCCACUCAGCUCCACAGGGACCCCACUGGCAAGAGAAUCCUUGACAUCCACUUCAACCAGCAACAAUGGUUUGGUAAAUCCCCGCCUCCCUCCUCUCCCUCAUUCCUACCUUGUGCAUCCCUUAGCGCAAAUAAGGACCCCUGAUGGCCCACGAUGCGGUGGAUCUUGCUGCACUCAGAGCUCUAACAAGUGUAAUGGCCGUGUGGGUUUGGAAUAUUCAGUGGGUGCGGCAAUGACGUUUGCUCCUUCUAGGGGAUGGUUAGGUGGAAGUUCGAACAGUACCAGAGCAGGUAAAGUACAUAGCCAACUUUCAAAGGGUUCGUUUAUCUCGGGCGUGCCCUGACAUGUAAACAGUUGGGGUACAAAGACUAUAUUAUACUCUUUAGACUGAUACGUUCGUCUAUUCUCAUUACCUGUUAAUGGGAUUAUUUAGAUAUUUCAAGGAGAAGUUACAUGGUAAUCACUGGUAAUAAUUGACGGGAGUAGUCAAUAAGCUGCUAAAUGACUGGAGUGAAAUACAGAAUCUUUUACGAUCAAAAGUUUGUCGCCUCUAUAGGUGUCAAAAGAUAAACAUAAUCAAGCUGUAGCACCAACUGCAGCCAAAUGUAAACCUAGUAAGUGAACCUUCGUUUGUAGGCUGAACCUUUUUUUUCCGUUUUGUUUUGAUUUCGUUCUCCCUUUUUUAUGUAGAACCUUGCAGAUCUUCAGCUGUUGACUCGCUUUUUAUACUUGACCUCCAUGGGAACUUGACGGAGUACGUUCUGGAACCGCAGGCAGUGAAAACUGUUCCACAGAGUGAUGACACCCCCCUGGAUCUCAGCACUACUGCAAGAGCGCAGUGGACGCUUGCCAGGUAUGGCGGAUCAAAUCCUUCAUUAGUUGAGCAGGAAGGGCUGUCGUAAUGCAUGUCGCGUAUGAGAGGCUCAUAGAUGGAGCGUGAGGCAAUGUGGCCUCACUUCGCGUCCUUUUUUUUUACGUACUCUUACUUUUCGUUCAGAAAAAAAUUAUUUCAAAGAGCAUGAAUGACUUUCAUAUCGUUUCUAAUAUUUGCUUCGCUUCGCGGACACAUCAGACUUAACAUACUGUUCCUUUCUUGUUGCGCGUUAUAAAAGCGAACGUGAUUAAAACUGAAAUUGAAUUGGUUGCACCUGAUUUCAAGUUUUUUAUAUCGCGCUGUUCUCCGAUCGACUCACUGUUGUUGUAAUUGGAAAGUCCUACUCACUUUGCCAGUAGUUCUGCUACAGACACUGGUGCUCAAGCUUAAUCUUCGAUCCCUCAGAACAACUAUGAUGUUUGUCCUAAUUGUUUUGUUUUUGUCAAUUGCAGGUGUGUUACUUGGCCUGAAAGCAAAAGUCCAGUGAUCAGAGAUGUUGGUCUGUUGCUGGGGCGCCUAAAAGUUUCUCCCAGUGAGCUUAGUAACCACACCGUCAAACAAGGUAACAUUGUUGACACGAUUGAUCUUAUGUAUCAAACUACACUAUUACAUGAUCUUAUGUAUCUUGUGUUCGGGUUCCAGUGUUCUACAUAAGAACAAACAGUGUUGAGAUAUUCAUAGCUAUCUCAGUGCUUGCAUUAAAAACUUUGGGCGUAUAUUUCCCUUUGAAGAAAUUCGUAUAUGCAUUUAGCUACUAUCGAAAAAAUUGCAUAGUACAAGAUAGUCCGUUGUCUUUCUUCAGAAAAGAAAAUCGGCAAGGAGAGUGAAUCUCGCAUCUCGGACGAUCAGUGGCUGGCAAAUAUAGACAUGGAGACUCACUCUGCCCCUCAUCGGCGACUAUGGAUGGGACCACAGUUCUCUUUCAAGACUUACCAACCGCCAGGCUCUUCAUCAGCUUCAUCCACCCAUAGCUUAGGAGACUUCAGGUCUGGGUGCUCAGGUAGUGGGGCCACUAUAGCAGCUCAUAACAGGGACGGCCACUCCAUGGGCUUCUUCUCUGAAGAACUGGAUUUGCAGAGUUUGAGAAUGCAGCCUGUUCGUUCGGAUCCAGUGCCCACUCCAUCAGGUCAGUUCGCGUUCACUGGAUGUGCGUCGCCGAAUUUAGGGGGGAGCAUGCCACUUAUUGUUGACAAUGGCCCAGGAAGUCUGAACGACCCUUGGCCGGGCUUGAACAACGAUAUGUUCGAGGACAAAGAAGAGCAACUUGUGGAAACAUUGGCAGACGCCAUGAACGACAACGCGCUCUUACCCGUUAAAAACGACAAGAAAAGAACAACUUCAAUUAACGGAGAAAAUCAAUUCCAAUUUCAAUCGGAUUUUCGGGGGGGAGGUGUAAACGCGUUUGCUUCUUGCUCCCCCGCUGAAACUAGCCCGCUGUUCCCUCCCGAUUAUAAUAAUUGGUCUUAA